GAGAAAGAAUAGAAAAUGUCUGGAAGAGGGAAAGGAGGAAAGGGUCUUGGAAAGGGAGGCGCAAAGAGACAUCGUAAGGUAUUGAGGGAUAACAUUCAAGGAAUUACGAAACCUGCCAUUCGGCGGUUAGCUCGAAGAGGCGGCGUGAAGCGUAUAAGUGGGCUUAUCUACGAAGAGACGAGAGGAGUGUUAAAGAUCUUCCUUGAAAACGUCAUUCGUGAUGCGGUUACAUACACGGAACACGCUCGCCGGAAAACCGUAACCGCCAUGGAUGUCGUCUAUGCUCUCAAACGCCAGGGUCGUACCCUCUACGGCUUCGGCGGUUAAACGCCAUUUUAAUUGUUUUGUUUUGUUUUGUUUGGCUAAUAUUCAAGUUAUCAAAACAAAUCUAUUAUGUAAACCCGAUCAUCUAUUAUAAUCUAAAGUUUGCAUAUUAUUAUUGGGUUA